UACAAAAUGUUGUGAAAAUGCCACAGUCAUUGUUUGUUUUGUUUGAGCAUGCCUCCGGGUAUGGCCUAUUCCGAGUUAAGGAGUUUGAGGAGGUGGCCACAUUUAUUCCUGUGGUGGAGAAAAGUACAGUUGAUGUUAGCAAAUUCCAGUCCAUUGUCAAGCUGGUUGCUUUUGCACCAUUUAAAAGUGGAACCAAUGCCCUUGAUAACAUGAACAGUAUCUCAGAAGGAGUUCUUCAUGAGGAUCUGCAUGUUUUCUUGGAGUCCAAUGUUCCCAAGGGAGGAAAGAAAGACAAAGUGGUUUUGGGAGUUUCAGAUCCUAAAAUUGGAGCUGCCAUCACAGAAGAACUUGGGAUUAAAUGCAGUCAUAUUGGGGUGGUCCCAGAAGUGAUCAGAGGAAUCAGACUUCACUUCCCAAACAUGGUAAAGGGCUUAACAGAGGUGUCCUCAGCCAAAGCUCAACUCGGCCUGGGUCAUAGCUACUCAAGGGCAAAGGUCAAGUUCAAUGUCAACAGGGCAGAUAACAUGAUCAUCCAAAGCAUCAGCUUAAUGGACCAACUUGACAAGAAUAUUAACACAUUUUCUAUGAGGAUGAGGCAAUGGUACUCAUAUCAUUUCCCAGAACUUGUAAAAAUCAUCUCUGACAAUUAUUUGUAUGCAAAGGUGGUCAGGUUAAUUGGCAACAGGAAAGAGUUUACCGAUGACUCCCUGGAACAGCUGGAGGAACUUGUGAUGGACAGUGGCAAGGCUCAGGCCAUCCUGGAUGCCAGCCGGUCAUCCAUGGGAAUGGACAUUUCCCCAAUUGAUCUGAUGAACAUUGAGGCCUUCACUGCUAAAGUGAUUUCAUUAACAGAGUACAGAAAAGGGCUGGCUGACUAUCUCAGAAGCAAAAUGACAGCCGUGGCUCCUAAUCUGGGCACUCUUAUUGGGGAUCAGGUUGGGGCUCGUUUGAUUGCUCAUGCAGGCAGUUUAACAAAUCUGGCCAAAUAUCCAGCUUCUACAGUGCAGAUUUUGGGUGCUGAAAAGGCACUGUUUAGGGCCAUUAAAACCAAGGGAAAUACUCCCAAAUAUGGGCUUAUCUUCCACUCCACAUUCAUUGGUCGAGCUGCAGCCAAAAACAAGGGGAGAAUAUCCAGAUACCUAGCCAACAAGUGUUCCAUUGCUUCACGAAUUGAUUGUUUCUCAGAGAUCCCUACUCAGGUAUUUGGGGACCAUCUGAGACAGCAAGUGGAGGACCGCCUUAAGUUUUUGGAUACGGGGGAGGCACCACAGAAGAACAUUGAUGUCAUGCAUGAAGCUGUGCAAGAGGCAGCAGUUGUUCAGGCAAAAGUGGCGAAGAAAGAAAAGAAGAAAAAGAAGAAGGAGAAGAGAAAAUCAUCAGCUGAUGAUACCUUAGAUGCAACACAGGAAGCAGAUACUACACAGGAAAUGGACAUUUCACAGGAGGAGCCCAAAAAGAAGAAGAAGAAGAACAAGAGGAAGUCAGAGGGUGAGGGCAUGGAUACCACACAAGAGAUGGACACCACCCAAGAGGAAGAGCCACCCAAGAAGAAAAAGAAGAAGCCCAAGGUGGAAGCUGAAGAGGAAGAGGUGGAGGAAGAGGUGCCAACGAAGAAGAAAAAGAAGAACAAGUAAUGGUUUUAAGAUGAGUAUAUCAUCUUUAACCUGGGAAAAAGAAAUUGUACAGCUUAUCAGAAUUGACUGAUUUAGGGUUGAAAUUCAUUGCAACACAGGGAAAUCAUUUAGUAACUUUUUAUAAGCUUCAUUUUGUAGAAGAUGUACAAAUUUUAUAAAGAGGAUUUUUGGUUAAUUACAUACUGUAUAUUCUAUGUUCACUAUGGUUACAGUCUUCUUGUGUUAUUAUGAAAUGUUAUUGGUAAGAUCAAGCAAUAAAAAAAGUAUAUUAAAACAUCCUGUGCUGUAAAGUGUAAUGUAUAGUUUGGACACGUUUUCUCAAAAUCAUUUAGGUAAAAUAUUUUAAUCCUUGGUGCUCAAGUAGGCUCACCAAGUGUAUUUUUCCCAUUGUGUAAGGAGAUGGGUGAACAAGGCGUGCAGAAUGCCUAUAGCUUCAGAUAUAUAAAAAUAUAGCUCCAUGUUUUUGUAAACCAAAAAAUGUUCAUUUUAAUGCAAACUUUGAGGAUAAACUUUCCAAAAAAUGGAGCGAAAACCCACUCAUAUCAAAAAAUUGUGUUAUAGUAUGAGAAAAUGAUCCUUUUUGCACUGUUUAGUGUGUGUAUGCUAUUUCAUAGGCAAAUAAUUUCAAUCUUUUAAUAUGAGAUUUUUGUAUAUUGUGGAGAUUUUACAUAAAGUAUACUUUAAUGUUAGAUGAAAUAUCGAAGAAAAUUUUGUUAUAAUUGAGAUUUAAUUUUUCACCUUCAUGUUUGUUGCACUAUAGGCAUUUCACUCAAGGUUGGGCCCAUCUUCUUUAUUUCCUUUAAUUCAGACACUUGAAAUAUCAUUUUUCAGUAUCUUUGAAUUAAGGUCAUAAAAAUAUUUCUGAGAAUUUUUUCUGAAAUUUGUGUCUUGUGUGAAAAACAAUGUACAGUUAAACUUUCCUCAAUGGGUGUCAGUAGAAAAGUGAUGAAUUUAUUUCCUGGAUUUUUCUGUGACACACUAUAAAUCCGAGAUGAACAUCAAAAUGAUUGAUAUACAAAAUAAAUGAAGAGUUCAUU